AUGCUGGAUGAGGAGCAUUCCAAGCUCCCGCAGUCACUCAUCGACCACAAUUUUUAUCAUCUUGGCAGUAUCGGAGGUCUCAAUGUUGUUAUCGCUGGAUUGUGGCAGGCUGGAAACCCUACAGCGGCGACGGUUGUGGCCCAAAUGCGAAUGACGUUUUCCAAGAUCCGAUUCAGUCUACUAGUCGGCAUAGGAGGCGGCUUUCCUGUGGUCACGGAACAUGGCAUGAUCCGACUCGGCCAUGUGGUCGUGAGUAAGCCCGUUGGGCUUUACUCCGGUGCCAUUCAGUAUGACCAUGGCAAAGCCGAAACUGGCACUAUUGCAUCGGGGGAGCUUGUGAUCAAGGAUGCAGCGAAACGAGACCUUCUAGGACAAGAGUAUGGGGUGCUGUGCUUCGAAAUGGAGGGCGCAGGUGUCUUAAGUGACUUCCCCUGUCUUGUGAUUCGGGGAAUCUCAGACUAUUGCGACUCAGACAAGAAUGACCAGUGGCAUGGUCUCGCCGCAGCCGCCGCGGCCGCCUAUGCCAGAGAGCUUUUUUUCUAUAUGCCAAUUGACCAGAUCAAUCCGAGUGAUGAUCAAGAAAGGAAGAAGAUUGCCGACUGGAUCUCCCCAACCAACUAUGCGACAUUUCAAGCCGACUUUUAUGACCAAAGACAGGAAGGAACUGGACAGUGGUUACUAAACACAGCUGAAUUCCGUGAGUGGGUACAGAACAAGGAGUUCUCUUCUGCCCGGGGAUUCCUGGAGCAGGAAAACCAAUCCUCUCGUCUAUUAUCAUUAAUCACCUCCAAGAAAGCUUUACAAUGA